AUGGAAAUGGAUAAAGAAGAAGGAGAAAUGAGUGAUGAUCCGAUGCUAGGGGGUGAAGAUAAUGAUUGUCUUCCAGAAGAAGAUGUAAAGCCUACAUUGCUUUAUCGAGGAAGGAAGGAAGGAAUAAUCAUCACACAACUAGAAAAAAUCGACGCAAAGAAGUUAGAAGAGAGAGCAAAAAGAUUUGGAUUGAAUCUCUCAGGAAAUAGAGUAGUAACACAAAUACAAAUUGAUGAAUUAUACCGUAAUUUUGGAAUAGAGAGUGGGAAUGAACGUCACUUUCGAUUUGAUGCACUACAUUUAAGUGGCGUUGCUGGGCUUAAGGAAAAGGACAUAUUUGAGUACCUUGCAGAUUAUAAGCCAGUCAGCCUUGAAUGGAUUGAUGACAAUUCAUGUAACAUAGUUUGCCAAGAUCAUAUAUCAGCUGCAUUGGCAUUGUUAGUUCAUUCACGGGAAAUUAAAAAUGAAGAUUUAAAAGAUAUGCUGCGCAAAUCAUCACAUCACUGGAGGGAAGGUGUGCCACACCCUAAACAGGACCUGAUAUUGAUGCGUUUUGCUACUAAUGGAGAUAAGAAAAUGCCAAAAAAGAUACCAGAAAGGAAAGCACCAGAAGGAUAUUAUGAUGAAAUCUUAGAUCCACCAACUAAAAACCCCUGGGGAGAUUUAUGCAGAUCUUGGGGUGUAUAUGACAACCAGGAAGUUAUUCAGCGCAGAUUACCAAAAAAUGAUUAUGAAGAUGAAAUAGAAGAACCUGUGCCUAAAGUACAAAUCAGAAAUAAGAGACUAGCUAUGCGUCUCGGCAAAAGAAAUCACAAAAAUGUUGAAGAUCAGGAUGAAGAUAGCGAUUCUGAUACUGAGUGGAAAAAGAAAUCUAAGACCCCUAGAAUGAGAAUGCAUGCUGACGACGAAGAAUCUAAGCAGAACAAGAAAAAACAAGCUAUGGAAUUGACUAAAGCUAUUGCUGAUAAAGAUGUUUAUGCUCCUCUGUCCAUAGAAGUGGUAAAUGCGAAAACAAAAUAUACACCAAGAGAACCAGUACUAUUGUCAGAUAAAUUCAAGUUCCACAAUAAAACUACUACAAAUAAAGCUAGAAACAAUGUCCAGUCUAGACUAGGUGCGAAAAUUAUCCGUGAGGAAUUACCAUCAUCAAGUGAUGAGGAUUCAUAUUCUUCUGAUGAAUCUGAUCACAACACAAUGAGCAGAGUUCAAAAAAUUUCUACCAACAAGAGUUCCAGUUCCAGUGUGUGGUCAAGACUAGAGUCUAAGCCUACCAAUACAAGAGACCAUAAUGAUUUGAGGCAAAUGCUGAAGUCAAAAAAGGAAUCUACAACAAAAACAGAUGAUUUAAGAGACAGAAUUAGUAAAUACAAAAAAGCACCUUUACGGAUUGAAAUAGACAAUAAUUAGGGAGUUAUCAUUUAGGUAAAUUGUUAGGAUGAUUGGUCAGAUGAUGGCCUCACAAAUGUUGGUUCAGAUACUCAAAGAGGGGUGACGGAUCAGGAAACAACUGUUC